AUAGAGGUGUCGAAAUAGUCUUUACUGUCACCGACGUACUACUAGACGUUAUCCCGCUCAAAGAUACAAUGCCCGGAGAAGAUUUUUUUGAUGCUGUAGAAUACACAAUUGAUGAUAUGGGUAUACUACUCAAAAGUUUGCGUAGUGUUGUUACUGAUGGAACGCCAGCAAUGUUACCGGAAGCACAAGGUUUUACUGGGCGAAUGAAAAUAAAAGUUCGCGACGCUGGGCUACCUCCGAUAUCAUCCGUAACUAGAAAAAAGACUUUCAACAUACAUUUCCUAAAAGAGCUUACUGACACAGCUAAAUUGCUGACCACCUGUCGAUGUGAAAGAAGCUUAAGAUCGUAA